AUGGUGAUUGAGACACAGUCUCAAUCACAACAAUCAAAACAACCAACACAACAACCUCCAACAUUAAUAAAUAUAUCAACAGCACCAUUACUAACUCCAGAAUCUACUCUAAAUUUAGAUCAACACCCUUCUGCUUUUAAUCGUGUUGGGAGAGGAAUUAAUAGUGCAAUAGGUAAGGGAAAGCUGUGGGAAACAUGGAAAUUUAAUUUCUUUGAAAAUUGAUAACUUUUCGAGCUUAUGUGAUAAAAAAAUGAUUUUAGGGGAUUUUGUAGAUAUGGAUGUGCUCUUUCUUUCAAAAUUAAAAUUAAAUUUUUUUGAUGAUUUGACCUAAAAUUAUUGGGUUUAUUGCAUGUCAGUGUCCGC